UCACCUCCACCGUCCAAGCUCCUCUCUCUACCUUAAUAUUAUUUGUGUAAAUAAAAUUAGUGUCACAUAAAAUCUCGCUUUAGACACUGACAUGGCGGCCAACGGCACGGGUGCUGUCUUCUUCCUGGGCACGAGAGCGCAUUACCAGGUUUUGGAACAGCCAAGUAAUUACGAUGCGGAGAAUGGGAAUGCAUCGACUGAGACCAUAUACCAGAAUAGGUCUGUCGAGGAGCUAUGGCCGGCGGGGUCGAAGGACGUGAAGUACGACGGGAACUACAACCAGGAAAAGGUCAAUUGGUACACCGAGGACUGCGAGGUUAAAGUUCUUGAGGUGAGAGGUGACAGUUGUAUUAAGAGACGUACCAACGGACGCUCGACGGAGGCUUUGCUGUGUGAUGACGUAAGACCUGCAGCCGCUGCGCUCAAUGACGUUGAGGAAAAGACCAGCGAAUUAAAAGCUAAGCCACGUCGUGUGUCUCUCCUUUCAUACCUCACGUCCCUCGCGCGGCGGAAGCGACCCUCGGACAAGCAUUACUUACAGCAUAUGGAGAGUGUGCUCAACACCUGCACCUACAGGGAGUCCUGCAGGUGUCUGGACUGUCAGAGCCGUUACUUCGAAUGCGACGAGGACAGUGACGGCUACAGUUCGGACGACGACUACUCGAAAUACAGCGUCAAAGAAGACAUUCGGACACCGGAAGAGAUAGAUGAUGAGGUAUUUUUGGAUUCCCCUGAGAACGAUAAUACGUCGACAGAUCUCCUCCUCGACGAGGGAAUACAAGAGGAGACGAUAGAUGAAGUCUCUGAAACUGAUAGGGAAGAUGAUCAACAGUUGAAAGUUGAAGUGGCCGCGAGCACGACGGCUAUGUUCAACCUCCUUCUGUAUCAUCCUUUUUCGUGUAGCAUUCAAUAAAAAAAAAAUCUUAAUAAAUAAAGUAUUGGCUUGUUUCUGAA